AUGAAGGAGUCGUAUCCUGAUGAAAUUAUGCUCUGUUUCGUCCAAGGGUUUGGUGAGAGUGCGCGUGGGUUUAAUAAGAACCGUGAGAUUGACGGCCAUGUGUCAGAGGCUGCUUUAAAGUACAGGAAGCAGAGCAAAAGAGUAUCACUUCAAGUUGAGAGUGGUGUGGUUGAGGAAGCAGUAGAUUUAGGAGCUAAGAAGUCGCAAGCGUUAGUAACAGGGAAGUCUUUGAGGCUGUCAUCUGGAGGUCGCUUUCCAGAAGUAAAAAGGAGCCUGAGUGACCGAUUCUCAGUCAUCACCGAUGCUGGAGGGAAGAGGCCAGCCAAAGGGCUCUUGACCAUUAGAAAAACUUGGUCAACCGGCAAUUUCGCGGCUGGCGCGGCGGGUGGCGGGUGUGGGGCCCCGCGCUCCGCUCCCGCCACCCCGCUGCAGCUCGAACCACACCCUCGAUCCACUAAGCAUGAUAAACAAGCCAUAAAGCCUUUGUCGGGUUCAGCGCCGUCCGUGCGCGCUCCACCUCCUAGUGCGACGGGUACCGGUGAUACAACCGAUGGCAAGCAACCGAGCAAGUCACGGCAGAAAAAAUUCCAAAGGCACUUUCCUCAAGUAGGGCCUGAAGAGAAGGUGCUCAAUUAUUAUUCGUGUGCCCUAGUCGGUGAUCUGCUAUUGCAAGGUCAUCUGUACAUCACCAAGAACUACUUCGCUUUCUACUCCAAUGUGUUCGGAUAUGUGACCAAGUUACUUAUCCCGAUAAUAUCAGUACUCCGGAUAACAAAGGAGAAGGUAGCCCGUAUAAUCCCGAAUGCAGUCGGUGUGUGCACUCGCGAUGAGAGGCACGUGUUCGGGUCCCUGCUCUCGCGGGAUUCCACCUAUAAGCUGAUGAUGCACGUAUGGAAGGCCGCCAGAGCACCCGAACAAGCUGUCCCUAAACCACAGGACCUCCGAGCAUCAGAAGUAGAAUUAGAAGUAUCAGAGUAUUCGCCUGAAGAUGACAGUAGUUCUGCGGGCGGCGACCAACCUGAUGCCGCCUCACCGCCUGUCAGACGAGAGUCUGAAGCUAUUAUAGCUGCAGCGGGCGGCGCGGCAGUAAUUCAACCAGCGCUACUGACGGGCAGCGCGGGCACGACGCGGACGGCGGGGCGAUGGUGGCGCCCUCUACUCGCCAUACUCGCCGCCUUCCUCACAUUCACAGCCGUUGUACUUGCUUACAAAUUGUAUCAAGCUUCUUACCAGUCACAGGAGGAAAUAGUAAAAUUAUCGGGCGAGGAGUUGUACUCGGAGUUGGUCCGAUGGCGAGCGCGGUUGCACGGACGGGCCGCGAACGAACUUCACUCAUUCCUAACCACCAACCUAUUGUUACUAACUAAGGUCAGACAAUCCUUAGAAGCGCUAUCGGGCGUGAUACUAACCGAUAUGGCUCAAUCAGGCACCAUGGAUCUCAACAUGGACCUAAACCUAGACGUGCCCAACGAGACCCUGUUCAGUUAG